UUUCAAAGCGAUCAGUCGUGUUUGAACUUCAACAGGUGUUAAAACGAUUUCGUUCCGAGAGAAGCGGUUACUUCUGCCGUAAACGAGAUAUCGCGAUCAUUUCAAAUUUUGGAUUACUUCGCUUCAAUCGAGAGCUACGCAUUUUCCGCUGCCUACAAACGCACGCAUACGAUCGAUAAGAAUGGGUCGCCAGCUAAGACUGGUGUUGCUGCUGGUCAUCUCCCUGGUUGGACUCCAUCUGAGCCAAUCCAGCGCCCUGCAGCCAGCUGCUGCAUCUAAACUAUUGAAAGAUGAUGUCUUGAGCAAUGAACUGAAUUCAGACGAGCUGUUUGACGUUAAAAAUGCCAAGUCAAACAAAACGAAUGUCUCAAGCGCUAAGAAGGUCAGUGAUGAGACUCUGGAGGACCUGAAAGAGGCAGCCAAACACAGUGUUGCCUUGGCUGAGGAUCCUCGAUUCAACAAAAUGCUGCCCCAUCGCGUGAAUGUGGAGAAUGCCACAAGCAGCAAGAAUAGUACCGAGGAUAAUUAUGAGUACGAUGACAAUUAUGAUUAUGAUGUGGAUAACUACGAUAGUUCCGAUGAAGAUGAUUCUGACUUUGAUAAUGAUGUAAAGGAAACGACCACAGCGCGUUCCAAAAAGAACAAAACCACCAAGACAACCACCCCCAAGUUGCAUCCCAUUGAGGAGAGCACUUCUGUCAAGCCAAAGGCUAAGACUGGCAAGGAUACCAAGGCCGACACUAAGGAAAAUGACAUUGAUAGCGACUAUGAGGAAUACAGUGAUGACGAUGAUGACGACGACGACGAAGACGACUCCGAUGACGACGACGAGGCGGACAAGAUGUUGGAUGAGGAGGAGGUCGUGUUUAGCGAAAAUGAGCCGUGUCCCAGAUACUGCACUUGUAGUCGUAACAUCAACAGCUACCUGGUGGCAACUUGCAGCAGACUGGACCCUGGCACACAGAAGUUCGGCUUGGAUAUCACCGAUCUGGUGGUCACUAAUGUCGGUCCAAAAUAUCCCAUUUUGUUGGGACCCAAGUUCUUCAAGCAGCUGGGACUGAAGUCAGUUGCCUCCAUCAAGAUCGCCAAUUGCACAAUUGAAUAUAUGCACCCGGAGGCAUUCGUUGGCUUGGAUGAGCUUUACGCCGUGAACAUGUCCGACGUUGGCAUGGCCGUUUUUAAUCCAGAUACCUUUGUCCAUAACAAGAAGCUUCGUAUGCUCACGAUCUCUGGCAAUGACUUCAGUGCCAUUUCCAGCCUUCAAUAUUUGCUCAAGUCUUCCACCAUUGAGGAACUGGACUUGUCGCGCAAUAAUCUAAUGGAGUUAAGUCCCACCGCCUUUUCGCAACUCUCCAGCAUUGUGUACAUUAAUCUGUCGCUGAACACCUUGCAGAAGAUCCCCGAGAAAAUAUUCGACACAGUGAAGAAUAUCGAGGAGCUGGACCUGUCCUACAAUAGUCUUACAGAACUGCCGGCUACCAUAUUCAACGGCACGACUCUCUCGAUUCUUCAUCUGAAAUAUAACAGUUUCACUGGAGACUUGCACUUCGGUGUUAAGGAUCUGCUGCAGCUGGAUUUGAGCUUCAAUUCCAUUAUCCAUGUGCAUCACAGCAUGUUUGACAAGAUGCCCGGCUUAACAAAUCUGAAUCUUAAGGGUAAUGGCAUUACCAAAAUUCAGCCCGAUUCCUUCCUUACACUGAAGAACCUGCGUCACAUUGAUUUGUCCAUGAACGAACUGGAUCAGGUGUCCAGUAUGCUGUUCUUCAAGAACUCCGAGCUGGAUGUUAUUCGUCUGAAUGAUAAUCCCCGAUUGAGCCAGCUGCCAACCGAUGGUUUCCUCAGCUACAACGGCUACUUCACCGUCUACUACUUGGAUCUUUCCAAUUGCGCAGUUGGUGCUCUGGGACACAAGACCUUCUCGACAAUGCCACACCUGACCAUUCUGAAACUGGCCUGGAACAACAUCAAUAAUCUGCCUCGUGACACGUUCGCCAGUCUCACCAAGCUUAUUGACUUGGACUUGAGCAACAAUCUGAUUGCCAAGUUGGAUGAUAUGGUCUUUAAGGAGAACAGCGAAUUGACAAAGCUCUAUUUGGGCGGUAACCCCAUUACCAGCUUGUCUAUGGAUCUCUUUAUGCCUCUGCAGCAACUUCGCUAUUUGGAUGUUAACGAUUGCGAACUGACAUCGCUCUUCAGAUAUAAGGGAUUGGACAAGAACCUUAAGUUCUUCGAUACACUUCGGGGAGUGAAUGCUUCCGGCAAUCUGAUUAAAUACAUUUCGCCCGAAGACAUUAAGAGCUUCAAGUCUCUGCGCUCUUUGGACCUGUUCCAUAAUCCACUGUCCUGCGAUGAUGGCUUCCAGAACUUUAUCAGCUAUGUCUCACUGCACAAAGUACAAUCAAAGAGAUUCCCAGUGCUGGCCAACUUGAAUGAUGAGUAUCAGAUUAAAAUUUCGAACCAGCUUGGUUGGACUCAGUUGGCCCAAGAAGUGUGCCAUGGCGUCUUCAGCGAUGAGGAAUAUGAUCUUGAGAAGCGCAUUCAGGAGACCCAGAAGAAACUGAAUGAUGAUGAAAAUAAACUACUCAGCGUUCUGGACAAGAGCGUCCUGGAUAAGAGCAAGUUGAGCAGUAUGCAGAAGAUAAUGAAGGGAUCUUCCAAUGCUGAGGCAGACAAGGAUAAGGACUCGGAGCUGUUCGACAGCUCAGAGGAGGACUCAAACAAUGGUGGCGAGGAUAAGGACGAUGACACUGACAAUGCCAGCGAGUACGAGGAGGACAGCCAAUACGAGGACGAUAGCGACAGUGAUGAGGAUACGAUUGUUAAGAAGAAUGACAAGAAGAAGAUUGAGAAUGCUUUCAAAAAGUAUAUUGAAUCCGAACUGAAGCCCAAAUUGAAGGAUGACGGCCUUAAGGCUGACGAAAUUGAUUUGUCCAAGGAAACACAUGAUAAGUUCUUGCUAGAUAAACUUGGAUCGGAUAGCGACGAGUUGAACAGCGACGAAGAGGAGAUCUUCAUUCAGCGCGGUCACAUCUACUACCAGGGCUACAACUAUAUAGUGCCAACAAUAAUUGUAGUCUCCUGCUUGGUGGUGAUUCUUCUCGGUCUCGUUAAGUUUGUUGCUAUGAUUCUACACAAACGGGGUGAGCGAUACCGCAUGGCAAUCUUGGCCUCGAAGAACUCCUUCGUGUACCAGAAACUUACCGAGGAUAUCGUGAAGCCGGCUAGCAAGGAACCAAAACAACCAAAGGUGCACCGAUACGCGCCGAUCAAUCAGGUCUAAGUCCGUACCGCACAGUAAGAGCAGCUCCGAGAACUUCGUCGAGUGCGGAGCGCGGAAGUCGCGGGAGUGUGUUGCGCUGUUUUUUUAAUUUAUAAGUUAAUUCAUAGUUAAACACGUGAAAAAAUUGCAAAACAACAGGUCAUGAAAUACAAAAGAAAACUACAAUUAGAAAACCCAUUGCAUAAGGCGGUUCGACUUGACUACAAACCCAACUCGAGUUUGCAUUGACAAGGAAACAUAGACAGAAGCGUGAGAUGAAAAAGUAUUAGCAAAAACUGAAAGAAAAUACUGAGGAUGCCUUCUCCUCCCCCGCAAAAUAUACAUACAUUUAUACAUACUAUCAAUAUAGCAAUUAGUUGUUGUUGUACUUAACUCGGUUGCAGCGACUGCACCGAUGGCACUACGCAGAGGCAGAGAUCGCGAGCGAACAGUUUAGCAACCGUUUCGGGAGCAACGGACUUAAAACUGAUUGAAUCGCCGUACUCUUCAUAACAUAUCUUCUUCACAUCGUAAUAAAUGUGUGCCAGGAGAUUUAAUUUGUAUACUUUUCAUUUGGAACGGAACGACUUGAGGAUUUAGUGCCAUUUUGCCGAAAUUUUAUAAUAUCGAGAUAUAAUUAUUUUAAAACACAUUAAACUGGCAAUCAGUCAUAUUGAAACGGUUGGGCAAAGUGUGGAUAUGUAGCUGUCGAUCUGAACCUGUAAAACCCUUAAUUUUUAUAUAUUUUAAAUCUGGGCAAGAGAUGAUGACGCAAAGCAUAUUAAUUACUACAUUAAGUCUUUUUUACUAUCCUUUCAAUUAAAUCAAGUAAAUGUUGGACUUUGAACACAUGUUUCAAAAUCAAUAAAUUAUUUUAACCAAAUUGAACAUAUUCUUUAUAUAAUAGAAAUAUAUACAUACAUAUAUGCAUAUUUUAAUGUGUUAAAUACAAUAAAAUAUACUUAUUUAUGAAUUGGCCAUCGGUAUAUUGGGUACUUUGAUAUAAUACUUACUUUUCUUUGUCUUUUAUAACACUAAUAAAUUUUUAUCUUUUAAAUCUAA